GCUAACUACUGUUUUCAAGUGUUGGGAUUAGCGUUUCAGACUGUUACAAGCACUGUUCUGUGGCUACAUCUGCGCACAUUGCUACUGCGCUUCAAUUUAUAUGCGCACAAGUGUACUGCGCAAUAAAAGUAUAUUGAGCGUGGUAAAAGUUUUAUACAGUGACACCGAUAAAAAUGGCGGAUAAAAAUUCUGAAGGUAACAAUCAGCCCGAAAAUUCGGGUUCAAAAACCAGUAAAGUUAUCGUCAAAGAGAGUAGACCAAAACAAAAGACUGACAAGGAGAUAAAAACACAUGCGAAACGGGUUGUCAGUGCGUCUAAGGAGAUUUCUAAUGAGGAGGUGAAAGUGCCGACACCACGUGCUUCGGCUAGCACAUCGAAUGACACCUCCAAUGGGGGGAAUGUCGAUCUUUUGGGUCAAAUUCUCCAAAAAAUGGAGCAAAUGCAAAAACAAAUCAAUGAAAACAGUAAACGUCCUUUAGAAGUCGACGAAGACGAUUUGUUGGCUCUUAGCGAUGAGGAGUCGCUUGAUAUGGAUUUAGAAGUUGACAACCUACUGACUAAUACUGAAAUCCACAGUGAAACGGAAGGGAAUAUAAUUCUUGAGAAGAUUUCCCAAGAAUUAAUUGACGAAGAAGCAACAUCUCCUAGUAUGAUGCCAGAAUUGGCGGAGAUUCUCAACAGAAUAACGUCAAAAAGAAUUUCGGAUGAGAAAAUUAAGGAAAAGUUGGAGAAGUUUCCACCUCCAGCGAACUUGAGUGGGCUGAAAGUGCCCAAAGUUAAUACAGAGGUGUGGAAUAAAAUUCUACCUGCUACCAGAGGUAAAGAUAUUAGAUUACAGAAAGCGCAGACCAGGGUGGUCAGAGCGCUCACACCUCUGGCCCAACUUGCGAAUAUGUUUCUGGAGGCUAAAAAUAAAAAGGAGUCAUUUGAUAUUCCAGCUGGUUUGUCUCUUGUAUUAAAUGCGUUUUCGUUUGUUGCCAAUGGCAGCAUUGAGAUAUCCCUUAGAAGGAGAGAACUGAUAAAACCAGACUUGCACAGGGAGUACAGAGACGUUUGUUCACCGGACACCCCCAUUACCGAAUGGUUAUUUGGCGAUGAUUUUGCCGGGGUUGUGAAAGGUAUCAAUGAAACCAACAAGGUAGCAACAAAAGUCGGAAGCCGUAAAGAUUACUAUGGGCGUAAUCGCCCAGCAUAUAGGCCAAGAGGUUUUCAAAAGUACACACCUUCAAAAAACGGCUACAGAAAUUUCAAGAAAUCAAGGCCAAAUCACGCAGGCAAGCCCAAGCGGGAUUAGAGAGAAAAAAUGAAGCACCUAAAGAGGAAGCAAGAAUUGCUGUGGCACCCACACAAAAACAUGGACAAUCAUCUUCCAAAGUUACAGCUAAUGGCUUGUGUAUUGUCAG